AAGCCUAUAUACAAGGAGAACGAACGCGAUACGCAUUCUCGUCGAAUUUGUGUCGUUGAAAAUGAGUAAAGAUUGGGUACGAUAAUUCUCCACGAGGGUGGUGGUGGUGGUGUUUGGGAGUUAUCCAUUAAUUAUAGUUAAUUAAUCGAUUAAUUUUCUUACAGCUCAACAGCUCCGUGGUUGUAACAUCAAUAUGGAAGAGAGUGGUGUUUUGUCGGGCAACGAAUUAACAAUGAAACGUCGAAUGAUAUUCGGAUACUUGCUUCACUCCUGUGGAAAAAGUUUUCUUAUUUACGUAGUGAUAGCUCUUAUUGCAACACUAAACUAUACUCAUUAUCUAGAAACAAAUAAAUGGCAGGCGAUGUGGAAUGGAUUAGAAUCAUUCCUAGUUUCACAAAAUAACAUCUUAGAAUCUAACAGUGACUAUAUAGCCUCGCAAAGUAAUUUACUGAGAGCUAUGGAAAUGUAUUUGAGACAAACAACGUACAAUAACAAAAGUACGAAUGCAACGAACGAAAAAACAAGGAUAUACGCAAUAACGCCAACUUUUACCAGGCCCGUACAAAAGGCCGAAUUGACCCGCCUAUCCCAAACUUUUCAACUUGUGCCAAAUUUCCAUUGGAUAAUCGUCGAGGACUCGUCAGAGAGGACAAAACUUGUCUCGAGAUUACUCAAGGAAAGUUCAUUAAUGACUUAUACUCAUUUAGCCACGGCUACUCCUCCUAAUUAUAAACUUGGUAAGGACGAUCCUAAUUGGAAAAAGCCGCGAGGUGUUGAGCAACGAAAUGCAGCUUUACGUUGGCUAAGGAAAAAUUGUGAUUCAAGCGAUAACGGUGUUGUAUUUUUUGCCGAUGACGAUAAUACUUAUUCCGUCAAAUUAUUCCAAGAGAUGAGAAAGAUUCAAAAGGUCGGCGUUUGGCCGGUGGGCCUCGUUGGUGGUCUAAUGGUGGAGAAACCUAUUUGUGAUAAUGUAACUAAUAAAGUAGUCGGCUUUAAUGCUGCUUGGAAGCCCAACAGACCGUUUCCUAUAGAUAUGGCAGGUUUUGCUAUCAACCUGAAACUCCUAUUAGAGAAUAAGGAUGCAUUAUUUUCUUAUGACGUUGAGAGUGGUUAUCAAGAGAGCGAGAUUCUUAGACAUAUUGUUACUAAGGAUGAAUUGGAACCUUUAGCUGAUUCCUGUACAAAAGUAUACGUUUGGCAUACGCGAACGGAACCACCACGAUUGAGCGUUGAGCAAUCAUUAAUAAAGAAAGGGAUGCGUUCGGAUUUUGGGAUAGAAGUCUAAAAUCAUGACAAUGUAUCUUCCGUAAAAGAUACACACGUCUUCGUUUGUUAACUACAGUUUCAGUUCAUUCUAUGAGAUGAACACGACUUUUGUGAUGGAUUUGAAUCUACAAACUGAUAAUGUGGGUUUUAUGCAAUCAACAUAAUAAUUUUUCACUUCAACGUGAUAUAGAUUAAAUUUAAUAAAAGAGAGAUCUGUUGUUUUGUUGUAAUGAUUCUAUUUGAAAAUUGUUGUUUGAUAAGGUAGGAAUUUAUUAUAUCGACGAACGAAUAUAGCGGCUGAAAAACCAUCGGCCUAACGAUUUUUUACUUUUUACUUUUCAAUUAAAUCUACUUUAUAUUGUUAUUAUUAUUUACAUUUAAUUUAAUCGAUAUCGGCUCUCGCAAAUAAUUUCAUCUCAAUCCAAAAUAAACUGUAAUGCGGGGGGAUUUGAUAUUAUUUAUUUUUACAAAUAGUAAAAGUGUAUAUACACGCACAUUUACGAAUAUAGUUAUCAAAUUUUUUAUUUCCAAGUGUUAUAACAUUCGUUCUAAUAUUUAUAAUAAAUAAAUACAGAAUAAACGU